AUGGAUAACCCCGCGCAGGGGUUGAACCCGGAGAUGGCUCCAAUCACUGGGCCCCAUAAAGGGGCUUCAGGGGCGGGUUCUUCGACCUCGCCCGACUGGGAGGAACCUAUGGAGGGCCAGUACAGGGCUGAGGCCGCCUCCAAGAAGAGGCCCCAUGAGGGAAACCGGGUCCUGGAUUAUGAGACUCACGUUGGGAGCGGGCCUAAAGUUAGCACCUCGCUGAGGGGUAGGGCCAAGGCCAUGGCGAAGAAAGCCUCCAUAGGCCACUUUACCGGCCUGGCAGCAGCCAAGGCCAGACUGAAGGCCUAUAAGGAGGACUUGCUCUUGGAGGUGCUGGACAGCCAGGAGGGAAAGGGAAAGGGAGUGGUCCCCCCUUUACUCCUGAGAAGGUCCCAGGGGGACAACAAAAAGAAGGGGGAUAAGGAGCCGUGGAUGGUGAGCCCGUCCCCUUCUCCAAGUCUAGAAAUGACAGAAUGCAGCCCGCCCCUAUACACAGGGACGGACUACAUAGAAAUAGUGCGGGAGGCGACCCAUAUUAUCCUAGAGGCUGCCGGAAAAUCCGGCAACCUAAAUGGACAAGUCUGGGGCAAACUGAACCAGGCCUGCCGGGACAUCCUGGCGGCGACUGACGUCCUGGCGGAUAGAGUAGAGGACGAGGAGUUGCGGGCCUUGAAGGAGGAUAAUAACCGAAUGCGGGAGCAACUGGCCCAAUGUCAGUCCGAGAUGAAGGCCCUUCGUAGAGCCUUCUCUGAGAGGACGAUCCAGCCCUCACAGGCCCCGACGGCCCAAUGCGACCAGGCGACGGGCUUUUCUGAGGCCCUCAAAGAGGCCCUCAAGGAAUUAAAGGAGGACCUGAAGCGGGACCUUACAAUUACCAUGGGAAACAUGAUCUCGGCCCGCACGGGCCAUUUCCCUGAGCCGGUCCCCCGCCCUCCUCUCGCUGCGGACAGGAAUAAGACGAUUACGAACCAGCCGGAACCUCUCUCUGGGGCGCCGCCCUCAAGGGCAGUGACAGGUGCGCCGCCCAUAAGGCAGCCUAAGGCCCCUGUGGCCCAGCCUUCGGCACCAGCGACCAAGAAGAGGGCUAACUCUGCUCCUAGGCAGAAGACGGUGAAGGAGCCUAGUGCCUCUCCACCCUCGCAGCCGGCAACAAAAACGCAGGAGCCUGCUGAGUCUUGGACGCAGGUUGUCAGGAAGGGCAAUGGCAAAUCCGCCAAGCCCCCUUCCCCCCCUGCCGCCCCGGCUCGGAAACCGGCACCAGCAGGCCCACGGAAGCUGGUUGUGCCCGCCACGGCCGCGAUCGUGAUGGCCUUGAAGCCGGAGUCUGAGGCGACAUACGCCUCAAUUUUGUAUAAGGUCACCAAAUCGGUGAAGCUUGCUGAUGUGGGUGUAGAGCACGUCAAGGUCCGCAAAACAGCUGCUGGGGCCAGGAUACUUGAGGUGUCCGGGUCCGACAAUGGUAGGGCGGCUGACGAACUCUGCCGAAAAAUGACGGAGGUGAUCGGAGAGGAAGCCCGAGUAUACAGGCCCACCAAAAUGGCGGACUUACGCAUUUCGGGCCUAGAUGAGGCAGCCACUCAGGAAGCGAUCGCGGGAGCGAUCGCUAAACUGGGAGAGUGCUCAAUAAAUGAGGUUAAGGUGGGAUCGAUUAGGGCCCAAUAUAAUGGGACAACGUCGACUCUGGCACAGUGCCCUAUAACGGCAGCCAAGAGGGUCACCGCAGCGGGUCGACUUCAAAUAGGAUGGUCCUCGGCUCUGGUAGUGGCGCUGGACCCAACACCGAUGAGGUGCUUCAGGUGCAUGGGCACGGGGCACACCAGAGCACUAUGCCCGUCGCCAGUAGACAGGAGCGGGCUCUGCUUCCGGUGUAGCAGGCCGGACCACAAGAGGGUGGACUGCAAGGCGGAGACUGCCUUCUGCUCGGUAUGUCAUGCGGCCAAACGCCCAGCGGGACACAUAAUGGGUGGCUUUUCCUGUACGCCCCCACCAGCAAAAGGCAAAGAGGCUCUUCCGAAGACCCAAAGAGCCCCUCCAGUGAGUAACAUCGACCAACGGGCCUCCGCCGUAGUCCUCACCCUGGAGACGGGAGCAGAAGAGAGGGGCGUUACCUACGGAACGUUGAUUACGGAGGCCAAGUCCAAAAUUUCCCUGGAUGGGCUCGGUAUCACCGGUCUGAGGUUCCGUAGGGCAGUGACAGGGGCGGCAAUCCUGGAGAUCCCGGGCCCAGACACCACCAGCGGCAACCAAGCAGACUCUCUUGCGGCCAAGCUGAGGGAAACGCUUAAUGUGGCCGAUGUCCGCAUCUCUAGGCCGGUAAAAUGCGCGGAGAUGCGCAUUUCCGGUCUGGAUGACUCGGUUUCAGAAGAAGAGCUCGCCGCUGCCGUGGCGAAAGUUGGAGGGUGUGCCCUAGAGGCAGUGAAAGUUGGCCGGAUCUCCCGCGCGCCAACAGGCCUGGGCACAGCGUGGGCUCGCUGCCCCGUAGCAGCCGCCAAGAAAGUGGCUGAGGGGCGACUCCUCGUCGGUUGGGCUUCGGCAAACGUGAAGCUGCUGGAGUCCCGACCCCUGAGGUGCUUCCGCUGCCUGGUGCCUGGCCAUGUUAGGAAGGGGUGCACCUCAGAAAUCGACCGCAGUGACCAGUGCUACCGAUGCGGUCAAUCCGGUCACCGGGCCAGGGACUGCACCGCCGCGCCCCACUGCACUCUGUGCACUGCAGCGGGCAAACCUGCUGACCACAGUGCCGGCAGCAGUACCUGCGCGAUGGGGGCUAAAGCCCCAAAACGCAUGUCCCGGAAGGCGACCAGCAAACCAGGUACUCCUGGAGUGGCGGCGCCUCUGGCCGCGAACAUAAACCACUGCGCCGGGGCGCAAGAUCUCCUCCUGCAGUCCAUGGCGCAGUGGUCGAUAGAUGUUGCCGUGGUCGCCGAGCCGUACUACGUCCCCCCCAGCCACAACUGGGCUGCGGACCUGGAUGGCUUGGUGGCCAUUAUAACAAAAGCAGGGGUAGAGGGUAUACCGCCCCCCUCCACGUUGUCGAGGGGUCGAGGCUAUGUGGCUGUCCUCUGGGGCGAAAUUACCCUGAUCGGGGUAUAUUUCUCCCCCAACAGAAGAGUCUCCGAGUUCGAAGCCUUCCUCGGCCAGCUGGCGGCUCUCGUUGGGCAGACCCAACCGCGCCAGGUAGUUGUCGCAGGUGACUUAAACGCCAAAUCCAUGGCCUGGGGCUGUCCCGCAACCGACAUUCGCGGAGACCUUCUAGAGGAAUGGGCGACGAUGACCGGAAUGUCGGUUCUGAACCGAGGGUCGGCCAGCACCUGCGUGCGCUGGCAGGGAGAGUCCAUAGUGGACGUUACUUUCGCGACCCCGGCACUCGCGACCCGCGUCCGUGGCUGGAGAGUACUGGAGACGGUGGAGACAUUAUCAGACCAUUUGUACAUCCGGUUUGAUGUCUCCACCUCCUCCGGAGGCACGACAGACACGGAUCGUCGUCCGAAUGGCCGUGCUGCGACCCCUUACCCUCGUUGGGCCCUGAACAGCCUGGAUCGUGAAGCGGUGGAGAUAGCGUCCCUCGUCCAGGCCUGGACAACAUCUCCUGGGCCUGUGGAGACCGAGGAGGAGGCAGCCUGGUUCCGCGAAGCCAUGUCACAAGUCUGUGACGCAGGCAUGUCACGAGCCAAGCCACGGCCUCCGAAGCGUCAAGUGUACUGGUGGUCGCGAGAAAUCGAAGACCUCCGAUCCCGCUCCAACAGGGCGAGACGCCAGUACACACGGUCCCGUCGACGCAGACACCGAGACGUUGAAGAGGAGACGCGGCUGUACAGUGCCUACAGGGAGGCGGUCAAGGCGCUGCAGCUCUCCAUCUGCGAGGCGAAGGCGAGCGCCAGAGCGGAGCUUCUCGAGACUCUAAACCGAGACCCAUGGGGAAGGCCGUACAAGACGGUCAGGGGUAAAUUACGCCCUUGGGCCCCCCCCUUGACAGAGAGUCUCGAGCCUCGACUACUGGGGGUGGUUGUUUCCAACUUGUUUCCGAACAGACCGGAACACCAGCCCCCAGAAAUGGCACCUCCCCAUCAGCUCGCAGGGUUCGAGGGUGCGGAAGUCGGGGUGCCUCCGGUAACGGAGGCAGAGCUAGACGCAGCCGUGCGGAGGCUAAAAGCCAAAAACACGGCACCGGGUCCAGAUGGGAUCCCAGGACGCGUCCUGGCUUUGGCGCUGCGGUCCCUAGGGGAGAGAUUCCGCGGGCUACUGGACGCCUGUCUACAGUCCGGCCGAUUUCCGACCAUAUGGAAAACCGGCCGGCUCGUCCUCCUAAAAAAGGAUGGGCGUCCCGCGGACUCUCCAUCCGCCUACCGUCCGAUCGUAUUGCUCGACGAGGCUGACAAGCUCUUCGAGCGCAUCAUCUGCUGUCGCCUCGUUGAGCACCUCCGAGGAGUAGGACCUGACCUGUCCGAGCAUCAGUUCGGAUUCCGAGAGGGCAGGUCGACCGUAGAUGCAGUCGCGCGCAUCAAAGCCCUCUCGGAUGAGGCGGUUGACCACGGUGGGGUUCUCCUGGCGGUGUCCUUGGAUAUCGCCAAUGCCUUUAACACCCUGCCGUGGUCGUGCAUUAGGGAGGCGCUGAAAUACCACAAAGUGCCUCCCUAUUUGUGCCAAAUAGUCGGGGCCUACCUCUCGGAGCGGUGUGUGGAGUACCCGGUCCGGGGCGGCGGGAUUACAAGGUGGGAGACGUCGUGCGGUGUUCCACAGGGCUCGGUCUUAGGGCCGCUCCUGUGGAACAUUGGGUACGACUGGGUGCUGCGGGGGGAGCUUCUCCCGGGGUCAAGUGUGACCUGCUACGCAGAUGACACGCUGGUCACGUCCCGGGGGACCUCGUACCGGGAAGCAGCACGCCUCGCCACCGUGACGGUGGCACAGGUGGUGAGGCGUAUAACGAUGCUGGGUCUGGAGGUGGCGCUACACAAGUCUGAGGCGCUCUGCUUCCACGCAGCCCGGAAGGCGCCGCCUGCAGGAUCCAGCAUCGUCGUUGGUGGCACCCGAAUCGAGGUAAAGUCCGACAUGAAAUAUCUCGGACUUGUCCUCGAUUCCCGAUGGAACUUCCGCGAGCACUUUGCCCGCCUGACCCCCCGACUAAUGGCAGCAUCGGCCGCACUGAAGAGGCUGAUGCCCAAUAUCGGGGGGCCGGAGGUAGCGAGCCGCCGUCUGUAUAUGGGGGUGGUGCGAUCGAUGGCCCUUUACGGGGCGCCGAUCUGGGCGGCGAAUCUGGCGGCCCGAAAUAUCGCCCUGCUGAGAAAGGCUCAGAGGGCGAUGGCCAUCAGCGUCGUACGCGGGUACCGCACCACCUCAUAUGAUGCGGCGUGCUUGCUGGCGGGAACGCCUCCCUGGGAUCUGGAGGCGGAGGCCCAAGCGUCUCUGUACGAGUGGCGCAGGGAGCUCCGGCUGCGGGAGUUCCAUCCUGCGCCUAGGGAGGUAGAGGCGCAAAAGCUCCUCGUCCGACAGUCCAUUGUCCUCCAAUGGGAGGAACAACUGGCUGGACGCGAGGAGGGACACAGGACUGUCGAGGCGGUCCGGCCGGUCCUACAAGACUGGCUGGAGAGAGAGCGGGGCUCGCUAACCUUCCGGCUGGUGCAGGUGCUCACGGGGCAUGGCUGUUUCGGGAGCUACCUGCACCGGUACGCAAGACGGGAGGAGACGGCGGAGUGCCACCAGUGUGGCUGCGGCGAGGACACGGCGCACCAUACCCUGGAGGAAUGCCCAGCCUGGGAGGGGCAGCGCCGCGAACUCGCGGCAGUGGUGGGGAACGACCUCUCCUUGCCAGCCGUAGUUAAGGCUAUGGUUGCCGACGAGAGGUCGUGGAAAGCGGUCCUCUCCUUCUGCGAGGAUGUAAUGUCGCAGAAGGAGGCAGCGGAGAGGGAAAGGGAGGCC